GACUUAAGGCAAGAAAGCGCUCUAAUUGGGACCCGGGCGGACACGGAUCCCGUUUCCUGGGCAAAGCAGAUAGGGAAAACGGGAACGAGAAGGCAAAGUCCAAGCGACGACGGUCGCCGCCAGCCUCAACAGAGCGGAUUUGGUUUGGCUUUUCUUCUCGGCCAGACAGAGCCAGGAGUUUUGCACUCCAAGCAGGUGGAGGAUACCGAGGAGGAGGAGGAAGAAGAAGAAGCGGGGGAAACAGCCCCGGGCAGAGGCGGAAGGAGCGCGCCUCAUUGGCUGAAUAGUUUCUCGUUAGGCGAAGGAAAGUUGGCCGCGGAAUUCCUGACCGUUCCGCCGCGGGCAGAGCCGGACUCGGUGGGGGAAAAAAGAAAAGCAGGAGCACCAGCCGCAGCAGUGGAGUUGGUGGUGGAAAAAAAAUCCACUUGAAAUGGAAAGGAAUCGAAAGCCUUUUAUUAGCAGGACUUACAUCUUGUUUCUUUCAUCAAAAUAAUUUCAUCUGAUCUAUUGCCUAAAGGGGACUCUGCCACUCCUUAAUCCAACCAAGAAGGUCUUCUGGAGAGAAACCAUACAUCUAACGUGCUUGUGAGAAGAUAGGAUUCUCACUUCCUUUCUGCGGAUGUCCCAGCCAAGCCACAUUUGGUCCGAGAGAGAGAGGUCUCCAUGUAGUAGAAUUGUAACUUCUCUAACACCUGCUUCAUCUUCAGACAGUGAUUCUGGCUGCGCCCUGGAAGAUUAUCCAGGUCCAACCACUGAAUUUCCUCCAUCAGAGCCAGUAUUACAAAGCAGUAGCUCUUUUUCAUCAGCUGUGGUACCUGCUGCUAUUCACAAUCAGCUCCGUAUCAAAAUUCUCCUCUACCAACUACCUCCACAAGACUGUGAUGAGAGAUAUUGUCCCUUCAUUGGUGAAGAGGAAAGAAAGCAACUCCGUACCUUUGCUGCAUGGCGGCGGCAGGAAUCGCUGGGACAGGGAGUUUUACGUCAUCUGCCUCUUACAGCUCAAGAGUACUUAUGCAGAAAUUGCGAUAAGAAUAUAAUCAGAGGAGACCAAGGUGUAUUUGCCUCUAAGCUGGGUGAACAGUGCUGGUGGCAUCCUACCUGCUUUGUCUGCCACGUUUGCCAGCAACCACUCAUAGAUCUCAUUUACUUCCAUCGCGAUAAUAAGAUUUUUUGUGGCCGGCACCAUGCAGAAUUUUUCCGCCCUCGCUGUGCUUCAUGUGAUCAGCUGAUCUUCACUUCCGAGUGCGUGGAGGCAGAAGGCAUGCGCUGGCAUGAAGAACACUUUUGCUGUCUCGAGUGUGACUUGCCCUUGCACAUUCAGCAAUAUGUGAUGAAGGGUGGACAACCCUGCUGUUGUGCUUGCUUUGAGAGUCUUUAUGCAGAUAUCUGUCAAGCCUGUGGUGAGAUUGUUGGUGUCAACAGUAAACAGAUUGUACUACAAGGUCAACACUGGCACAGCAAAGACUCGUGUUUCUGUUGCAGCUUUUGCCGUAAAGCACUGCUGAGUCAGCCCAUCACCAUUCACAAUGGUCUUCUCUUCUGCUCUGAGGCCUGUAGUUUGGAAAAGGAAUCAGCUUUGUCUUCCAGUGGCUCGGAUUCCUCUGACUCUGCUUUCAUCUCUGCUCCAUCCCCAGACUUCACCCCAAUUUCAAGAGCUAGAAACAGCAGCCUUGACUGCUCUUCCAAAACUGGGAGAACUCAAAGAGAUGGCCGUGAGGAAAGGGCAGGUGCAGCUGUGACUGAAAGGCUUCACUCAUGUGGUAAUUCCUCAGUGUAUGCCGAGUUUGACGGCCAAGAGGAAUCAGUAUCUUUCAGAAAUAGAACUAUCACCCCACAGCUUCAUGUAUUUGAGUCAUUGACUGUUUCACCUCAAGAGGAUGUACGAAUCUCCAUCUCUCAUCCCAUGGACACACCUUGGAGCACCACAGUUGUGAGGGGUAAUCGCAACUUGAAAACAUAUUUUCAAGAAACAUCUCGGCCACAAGCGGACUUCCACUUCAAAAGCAGGCACUCUGUAGCCUCACAGGCAUCUGUAUUAAUUAUGGAUUUUCCAGACAGAAUAUACGAAGGCAGCCCUGGGGGAAAGGAAGUUACUAUGGAAGAUGAUGAUUCCAAGUACCUCACUUGCUCAUCCUCAUCCUCUUCUGACUCUGAGCCAGAAGGUUUCUUCUUUGGGAAGCCAAUUCCAAAGCCUGGUUCCAGAUAUGGAGCUUUUGCCAAUAUGGAGCAGGAAACACUUGGGAAGGGAAUGGGGUGGGCUGCCAGAGCAAGAGCCAAUAGUAAACACUGUAGUAUAUCCUAGCAGACAGGCAAUGAUCAGCCAUCCGAACAGAGUGAAGCAAAGGGGAAGAAACGGUAAUGAAGGCAGAUCACAAUCUGCAAUGUGUAGAUUAAAAUUAGUAUCAGAAACCUGGUCAAAGAUGCAUGCAUGAAUAUUCCAUUCUCUUCCUGCUGCAAGGCUAAUAAUUCCAAGUCCAAAAUGCAGAUUAAAAAGUCAGCAUUUGUUUUAUAAUUUUGGAUGCCAGAGAGAAUUAUUUCUAAUGAGUCAGCACGUUUUUAUUAAAAUAAAAUAAAGAUAGCUGCCAUCUUGGCUUUAAGAGCUCUAAACCACUUUUACUUGGCUCACUCAAAAAAGUUUAAAAUUCUUAAAUUUUCUUCAUCCCAUAAGAUAGAUGCUGAAGAAAGAAAAAUGCUACCUGCUUCUCAGACUAUGUAUUACUGUAUUUAAUGUUGAUAUUGGGUGAAAAGCUACGGUAUUCAAGCUUGGCUCUGCCAAGUACCAAGAGCAUUUCAGGUUGACAAGAUUAUUACUCCAAGUUUGCUCUGAAGAAAUUAACCACUUUCACCUGUCAAGAAACAGGUUUGAUCUUAUACUUAUUUUCUGUACUUAAGAUGUUUUUCUAAAACAUUCUGCUUCAGGACUUAUUUUCAUGUUGACUCAGAUUUCCUAUCUCAGCAUCGCAUACAGUCUCAUUUGAAUGUCUGCAGCUGACUCCCACACACCAUCAAGGCUAAUUAAACACACACUUGUGGCUGGAACAUUAAGUCACUGUAACAAACUGGGGCCUCCUAGAGCAGCACUUCUGAUUGGAUGUUGCUUACUAUAUCUUAUUACACAGAUUUGUAUGUUUUGAAAGUUAAAACAAUGAAAUAAAAUACAAUUUCUCAAA